AUGACUAUGCCAGAGAGCACUACGGUUUUCUUUAAUCUGAGCUUCCCCGUGGAGUGGAAUCAGUCUGACUCCAGACCGGAGACACCUGACAAGGAGAAGAACUGGCCUGCUCUGCUCAUCUUAAUGGUCAUCUUCUUCACUGUGGUGGGCAACAUCCUGCUCAUCCUAGCUGUGUCUCUGGAGAGGAAGCUGCAGAAUGCCACCAGCUUCUUCCUGCGCUCCCUUGCUGUGGCAGACAUGCUUGUGGGGUUUCUCGUCAUGCCGGUCUCACUGAUCAACAUUCUCUAUGACUACGUGUGGCCCUUCCCCAGACCCCUCUGUCCCGUCUGGAUCUACUUAGACGUGCUGUUCUCCACAGCAUCCAUCAUGCACCUGUGUGCCAUCUCACUGGACCGCUAUGUGGGCAUCUGUAACCCCAUCCAACAUAGCCGCUCCAACACCCUCUCCAAGGCCAAGGCUAAGAUCGCCCUCGUCUGGACCAUCUCCAUAGUGAUCUCCACACCCAUCCCUGUGAUUGGCCUGUAUGACGAGGGGAAGGUGUUUGCCAACGGGACCUGUGUACUGAACGAGCACAGCUUCGUCCUGGUUGGCUCCUUCGUAGCCUUCUUUGUCCCUCUGGUCAUCAUGGUGGUCAGCUACUGUUUGACUGUACGUGUUCUGCAGCACCAAGCUUCUGACUUCCUGCAUGGAGGUCAGGCUUCAAUCAACCGUCCGGCCCUACUCAGGAUCACCCCAAGGUCCCCUGCAGGGGACAGUCUCCGUCUCCUCAAACAGGACCCUGCCCCUGAGGCCUUGCCAGCUGUUGGUUCCUCCGACGUUUCCGUCUCUCAAGCCUCCCUUCAACCCAUCUCUCCAGCAGGGAGACAGGAGCCAGGGGGAGCUGGCAUGGCUCAAUCAAUCAAAAAUGAGAGGAGAGCCUCCAUGGUCCUGGGUGUGGUGUUUUUCCUCUUCCUGAUUAUGUGGUGUCCAUUCUUCAUCACCAACGUGCUGAGCGUCUUGUGUGAGGACUCGAUAAUAAGCCUGUGCAAUAAGCCCGUGUUGGCAGUGCUCCUAAAGGUCUUUGUUUGGGUGGGAUAUGUCUCCUCUGGUGUCAACCCACUGGUCUACACUCUAUUCAACAGGACCUACAGACAGGCCUUCCACCGCUACCUACAGUGUAUCUACCACAGCCCGCCAGCCAAGAGCACCAAGAGUAUUUCUGUUAAUACAGUCACGCCUAUUCUAUGCAGUAAAGAUGCCAACGACUGUAGCUGUAACAGCCACAAUGGGCAUAAAGUGGAAAUGAAAGGAAGAAUGGGGUUGGAGAGAGAGGGUACAGGGUCUGGGAUGCUUGAAAAGUUGGCCAGUGUCUGUCCCACCACCGCUGAGGAAGUCAGCUGUGUCUGA